AUGGAAGCGUCUUUCGUGGAAGAAGUGGCUGCAUCUUUAGUGAGAGAGUUCCUGAGCAAAAAGGGCUUGAAGAAGACAGGCAUCAUGAUGGACGAAGAAUUUCCCCGUACGGCACUUAGCAUCAACAACAGAAAUGAACUCCGAAAUGUUUUGCAUCUCCAGUCUUUAUACAAACAAAACAAGGCAAAGGAGACUCCUUUCAAAACCAUUCUGGAGAUCAUGGCGAGCUAUUUUCUGGAGCUCCAGAUUAACCAAAGCUUCCUGGGAAAUUCCUCAUUUCUGGAAAACAAAGCUUCUCACUCAAGAAGUACAGAGAGUUUUCCUCCUAAGAAUUUUCUCUCUGGAGAAGCCACUGGAGGGCAAACAGCAGCUGAAAAAAUUAAAAAAGGGACUCCCAGCUAUGAGACCAACGAGGGAAUAAGCUGCCUGUCCAGAAGGCAUUGUCCCAAGCCAAGUGAGAAGGGCAAGGCGAGAGCCACGUCAGAUGGUCAGGCACAGGCCGAAGGAGAGAAGAAACUCUGUGAUCCUCUGGAUGUGUCGCAGAUUCCCAAAGAAUUGUCUACGGAGACCAGGAUGGCAUUGAGGGAGAAACUGCGCGGCCAGCAAGGAAGGAUAGCUGCUUCCACGGAUGAAUCUCAAGAGGAUUCCUUAAAGAGAAGGCACUUGAAGCGGCUAUCUGGAAUUUGCAGCCCGUCCGAAUUCGGCCAGGAAGCCACCUUUAAAAGUUCCACAAGCCUCCCGGGUCACUCCAUCGAGAGAACCAUAAUUCCCAGACCGUUGGACGAACUCCUGUCUGCCCGCAGCGAGCGUUCCCUCGACGCUCGUCAGAAUAGUUCGCCCAACUCUCCUUCGACUCGGUGUGCAAAGAAAGAUGACUCAACAGUCCAAAAUGUGGACAGUUCUGGAGAUGACCCCUUGACCAAGCCGGGACUGGACAGGCCAGCUGAAGCAAAGAAAAUUGCAUCCGGGUAUGAUGCUUACGAGAAAAGGCGCCCCUUGGAUGUUUUUCGGAAGGAGAUGGGAAACCGGAGCGGCGUGAAAUCUUUGCAGAAAAAUGAGGCUCCGUUUACCGACCUCAGUCUUGGAUGCUUCAACGAAGAAUGGAAAAUCCAGAGUUUUACGUUCAGCGAAAAUCCGCAGUUGAAAUACGGCAUUGUGCAAAAAAAGGGUGGGCCGUGCGGGGUCCUGGCAGCCGUUCAAGCCCACGUCCUCCAACAUCUUAUCUUUGGGGACAGUAGCCGGAACAACACGGUUAGGUGCCUUUGGCCGUCGGACGCCGAAAGGAUCCAGUGUCUCGUUUUAGCUCUUGCCGGUAUUUUAUGGCGUGCAGGUGGCAAUGAUAAAGUGGUGGUGACUUUGUCUACAGGAAUACAGCAGUUCACGCCUGCGGGAAAAUAUAAGCCAGACGGGAUCUUAGAAAUGCUUCUGUUGCACUUCAUCACAAAAUACGAAGAUCUGCUGAAGUUCCUACAACAGAAUAUGCACCAGUUUGAGGCUGGUCCACAUGGCUGCAUUCUUCUGACUUUGUCAGUGAUAUUGUCAAGAUCCAUCAAUCGAGUUCGUGGAGAUAUGGAUGUCAUCACAAACCCACUAAUCGGUGCACACGGAUACUGCACACAGGAACUGGUCAACCUGCUACUGACCGGCAAGGCCGUAUCCAACGUCUUCAACGAUAUGAUGGAGCUGGACUCAGGAAACGGCAACAUCACCGUCCUGAAAGGGGUCACUGGCCGUAGUGACCUGGGCUUGCUGUCCCUCUUCGAGCAUUACGACGUCUGUCAGGUGGGCUGUUAUCUGAAGACCCCCAGGUUUCCCAUUUGGGUGGUGUGCAGUGAAAGUCACUUCAGCGUCCUCUUCUGCUUGAGAAAGGAUUUGUUGGCCGACUGGAGGGAGGAACGGCGAUUUGACCUGUAUUAUUACGACGGUUUGGCCAACCAAGAAGAGGAGAUCCAUCUGACCAUCGACAUCUCGCAGCUUUCUGUGGAAAACCAAGAGAGCGACCUCGUUUCCCCUUUGGAGCUUUGCAUCCGGACGAAGUGGAAGGGGGCCGUGGUCAACUGGAACGGCACAGAACCUAUCUUGUGACCGAUUUCUUCAAGCAGAACCAGGUUCCACCCCCAGAGUGACCCCGGCGGGCGUUUUUCGGCCCUGGCCCGAUCAGAUGCAAACCCACCAAAGGACCCUUCAUCAUGGACACCUCGUUCCCCCCCCCUCGUGACCUCCAGGAAGACGGUUUGACUUCUCCUUCAAGCCUCCAACAUUUGAAAACGAGAAGGUCAACGCAACCCAAGGAAAAAGGGCAGUAAAUCUGUCGACAUCCCAUCAAAUUCCGUUGCUGAAUCCCUGCCACAUCCUGUGAUUAUAUUGGUUGAACAAUACCAGUGGCAGCCCCCUUUCUUGUUUUAAAAACCAAGCAAGGACAACAAUUCCUGGGUCCAUUUUAAAACUAGGAAACCGAAAUUAAACAAACAGACUUAAAAAAAAGAAAAAAAAAGAGCAAAUUAAGCUCUCGUUCCCAAGAACAUUUCUUUUGGGUAGCCCAAAAUAGUUUGGAACCAAAAACAUCACUGCCGAUUCUUUUCUUUUUUUAAAUUUAAACAAUUGAAUUGUCAUCUAUUUUUAAUUCAGUCCUUGGAACUCUUAGCUACUAGAGAACUAAACCAGCAGGGCCAUUUUUUUUCUUUUAAUUUCUGUAACCGGAGCUUGCCUUCUUAGACUCAAAAUGUAGUUUGCUAGUUCUGGACCUGUAGUUCUAUGUUCUGAAAAUAAAAGGCCUGCAAUCU